UUCCCAGUGCCUUGGCAGAACUGUGCAGGCAGGGAGGAGCAGAGAUUCUUAGGAGGAAGGAAGCAGGAGGAGCUGGAGCCAAGCAGUGAAGGUCCCAGAGCUGCAGUGGGAGGAGGCAACACUUGGUUUCACAAUGGCCUCCCUUGCUGCAGCAAAUGCAGAAUUUGGUUUCGAUUUAUUCAGAGAGAUGGAUAGCAAUCAAGGAGAUGGAAAUGUAUUCUUCUCCUCGCUGAGCAUCUUCACUGCCCUGACCCUAAUCCGCCUGGGUGCUCGAGGUGACUGCGCACGUCAGAUUGACAAGGCACUUUACUUUAAUACUCCAUCAAGACAAGGAAGCUCCUUUAACAACCAGCCAGGACUGCAGCAUCAACUGAAAAACGUCCUCGCUGACAUAAAUUCAUCCCAUAAGGAUUAUGAACUCAGUAUUGCCAAUGGACUUUUUGCAGAAAAAGUGUUUGACUUUCAUAAGAAUUACAUUAACUGUGCUGAAAAGUUAUACAAUGCCAGAGUGGAAAGAGUUGACUUCACAAAUGAUAUAGAAGAAACCAGAUAUAAAAUUAAUAAAUGGAUUGAAAAUGAGACACACGGUAAAAUCAAGAAGGUGUUAGGUGGGAGCAGCCUCAGCUCAUCGGCUGUCAUGGUGAUGGUGAAUGCUGUUUACUUCAAAGGCAAAUGGAAAUCUGCCUUCACCAAGAGUGAGACUCUCAACUGUCGUUUCAGGUCUCCCACGUGUUCCGAUAAAGCAGUUGCUAUGAUGCAUCAAGAACGGAGGUUCAAUUUGUCUGCAAUUCAGGAUCCACCCAUGCAGGUUCUUGAGCUCCAGUAUCAUGGUGGCAUAAGCAUGUACAUCAUGCUGCCUGAGAAUGACAUAUCCCAAAUUGAAAGCAAGCUGAGCUUUCGGAAUCUAAUGGACUGGACCAAUAGGAGGAAAAUGAAAUCUCAGUAUGUGGAGGUAUUUCUCCCACAGUUCAAGAUAGAGAAGAAUUAUGAAAUGAGGCACCAUUUGCGAUCCCUAGGUUUGCAAGACAUCUUUGACGAGUCCAGAGCAGAUCUCUCUGGAAUGGCUUCUGGAGGUCGUCUCUAUGUAUCAAAGCUAAUGCAUAAGUCCUUCAUAGAGGUCACAGAGGAGGGCACUGAGGCCACUGCUGCCACAGAAAAUAACAUUGUUGAAAAGCAGCUUCCUGAAUCCACAGUGUUCAGAGCUGAUCACCCCUUUCUGUUUGUCAUCAGAAAGAAUGGUAUCAUCUUAUUUACUGGUAAAGUCUCUUGCCCUUGAAAAUCCAAUUGGUUUCCCAUACACUAAUAGGCAUCAAGAAGCAUCCUAAGUGAAUAGAAUUUUAAUUAAGAGUGCAUGGGUUUGUUUUAUUUUGUUUCAGCUUAUUGGUGCUUAGAAAGUAAUAUUGGUGACUUGACCCUUUUCAAAUACCUGGUUGAAAGUCUCAACCUCUGCUCUCAUCAUUUAUACUCCUGUUUACUUCCCUCUAUCUAAUUUCAUUGGCUUUCUAUCCACAAUCUCCACUACCGUUAUUUUCAAAGGCCCAUCUGGAAACAUGGGUUCUUCUCUACUAGCAAGGAGAAUGCAGAAGCUUCCUGGGGCGUCUUCUGUUUAAACUCUCCAGUAGUCAGAGUUAUCCCUGCUUCAUGACACACCAAUCUGAGAAGUAAGCCCAUUUGUUUCCUAGAAAUCAGUAUGAAGGAUAACUCAUCCUUGCUGACCAAAAAGACACUAGAAUUUGCUUUAGUACACUUGACUUCCCUGUCACUGUAUAAUCCAAAGGCUCAAAAAUGAAGUUCUUAAGGAACUGAAAUGUUUUGUCAAUAACCUUAAAUAUAUAGCCUUUGAUUUUGCUUGAUAUGACUUAAUAUGUACAUAGUUUUCAAAUAUUAAAUACUUUUUAAACAUUGACAGUUGUUAUGUAUGGCAUAUUAUUUCAUAUGCUUUCAAGUUUAUGAGUUUUCCCAUAUUUAUCAUAAUAAAGAUGUACAACACCUGCA